AGAACAACAUCAACAACCACUUUGCUCGUCGCCAUUUUGCGCUUCUUCGGGGCUGACGACCACUUUCCAGCGGACCUCGAACCCUGUCUGACCAAGCGCUUCUUCUGCGGUUCACGCUCUUAUUCCGACUUGUACACCAGGUCGUGCUAGCUUCGAACACCAGGGACGCUACCGUCAUCCAGUUGCAACCGCUUUAACAGCGCCACAACGUUUCAGGCUCCACUGUGUGCCAAGCAUACUCUCGUGCAGCCUGAGAAUGGAGGAGUCUGCAUUCCAAUCUCAGUUCGCGAAAACUUCUGGUUCAAAGUCCUUAACUUCUGCUUACGAAUCCGGUAACGCUGUCUCUGGACCAAGGGUGGCUGCCUUGGCUGUUAUCAUGUGCUUAUGCCUGGUGGCCAUGGCAGUCGUGGUGGUGGCCUUCAUUAUUACUACAGCUGAUAUUCUUGAUGGUGGCAUCACCGUCGAGCGCACGGAUGCAGACAUCGAUAGCGGUCCACGCGGAAAUCCGCAUCCCUCAGCAGCAAAGCACCCAACGUCAGCCACCCCAGAACAGACAUCCUCUACUCCACCCACGGUGAAAGAAAUCAUCUGCACCGUAAACCACGCUGCCACAAAUGAAAGGAUGUACCCACCCGACAAGUACUGUGACUAUCUCUUCUACGAUGACGUGGAACUAGUAGGUAAUGGCUGACUUGGAGUAGGGGGAAGUCCCGUCAGCUGGGAUGUAUUCCUCGAGAGAGUCACGAAAUACAAGAUUAUCAAGCCGGGAAUUUCGUUCCGCAUUGAGUAUGUGCAACCGGAUCACUUGGACGAGGCAGCUGACGAACUGAGCGCGCUGCGUAGAAAAGGAAUCAGGCACUACGGACUGCUCAGGGUGCUUGAUGUUCCCAGCGAUUUCACCGCCACGGUAUCGAGAGCGAAACCGAUGCUUGAGAAAUUUAAACAGCUCCAGGACAGGGACCAGACUGCGAAAAGCAUCAUCGCCAUCGGCUGCUACGAUUACGGCGGUGACUUCUUAUCCAACUUCACAGCGACAUUCACGGAAGUUGCCAACACUUACCCGGUCGACAUUGUAAUUGCCAUCAGUUCGGUGGCAUGGACUAGUCGCCUGGGAUGUCGGGCCUUGCCGCCCACCAUGUUGACGUCGAUGACCCCAUUUUACGAAGGCCUGUUGAAUCACUGGCACGCCGUGUCAGCGCGAGCCAAUUACACCAGACCGUCGAUACAGACUGGCCUAUCCUUCCACCUGACCACACUGCAGUACGAGCUUGAGGAUAGAGCACCCUCGCUCAAUGAAAGUCUUUUCCGCCCGUGCCGGAAUUUGGGGAAGAGGAGUCGAAAAGUGCUUUGCGCAGAUGGCGGCUUCAGAAGCAAGGCAGAUAAUUACUUGGGCGAUGAGGUAUCAGCGUACGGAGUUCUAACCAAUUCGUCGAAAGUCGUCGUAAUAAGCGAGUACAAUGACUCCGUGGCUUUCAAGUUCAAGAAGGCCGCAGGGAACCAAGGCAUUCGUCAGCGUACUGCGUGGCUCCUAUACAACGUGAACCGGCAAGACAUCACGAACCAGUGCCCCGAGCCUCCGUUCACUGUCAUCAGACUGUUUUGUGUAGCGUUGAAAGGUGCAAGCGAUCAAAUGUGCCAAUAACUGAAGAGCAUCUUUGUUAAGUAGACACGGCCGUACCUUAUUGUAUGUACUAAGUAAAAAAAAAGAAUAAAUUAGUGAU